AUCAUUGGGCUCAACGAGAUUAGAGAUUCCUAAUAAUUAUGUAUAAUUAGAGUAUUAUGGUGGCAGCUCCCCGUGCCAAUUCCAGUUUAGAAGAUCAGCAAACAAUCGAAGAGCCUGGAGUAAUCUACAGAUGCAACCUCGAGACCGGUACCUGCUCGUCCUAUGACAUAGAUACCGAGGGCUAUAACUACGAUGAGCCAAAUGAUGGCACGCUCAUGGCGAAAGUCAAGGAUUACCAGUGGUUGGGCGGAGCGAUGGACGGCGGCACCAGGGAUUCGGAUAAGCUUCUCGUGUGUGCCCCGCAAUUUUCCUCGUUAUUUGAUGGGAGUGGCGCUAUGAAUGGGAUGUGCUACAUGCUGAGCCACACGGCUGAGAAAAUUCAUUCCAGAGACGUGCAGAAAAAAUGGCCAUUUAGAAGUGUAGAUAAGCAGAAUAGUCUGAACUACAAAAUGGGUGGACUGGGACUGAGUGCGCAUGUGUCGGAUGAUAACUCCAAGCUUUUGAUGGGAGCACCUGGAAUCGAUAAUUGGAAGGGAUCGGUGCAUUUAAAACAGCAAGUGCACCGCAUCAAGAUGAACAAUGGAAGACAAAGGCGUGAAAUAAACAUGGAAACGGAGUGUGCCGAGUGCAACCCAGAGCCAAACAAUUGGGGUCAGCAGGAAGACUCUUACUUUGGCUAUGCCGUGAGUUCUGGCUUCUUUGAUAGCCGAAUACCCAACCUCCUGUAUGUGGCCACCGCUCCUCAAGCCAAUGAACAUUUUGGCGAGGCCUAUAUCAUUAAUAUCACUACAAACAGCAUCAUUAAGCACAAGGUAUUCCAAGGGAAUCAUUUUGGCGAAUACUUCGGCUACUCCGUUCUGGCGGAGGAUCUGAAUGGAGACGGAGAAACCGAUGUUAUUAUAUCCGCACCCUUUUAUGCUCUGCGUAAUUCCUUCGAUGAUGGAGCUAUUUAUGUGUUUAUCAACCAGGGCGAUUUCAAUUUUAAAAAGACGCUUAUUGUGUCGCCAGCGGGUUGUGGUGGCCGUUUCGGAACAACUCUAUCGCGAAUAGGCGACAUCAAUAACGACGGUUACAAUGAUGUUGCAGUUGGAGCUCCCUUUGCUGGCAAUGGUUCGGUGUUCAUCUACUUGGGCAGCGAAAACGGAUUGCGGGAUGAGCCGAGUCAGCGACUGAAUGCUCCUUCCCAGAAGCCCGCCAAAUAUGGAUCGCACAUGUUCGGCCACGGGCUGUCCCGUGGAUCCGACAUAGAUGGCAACGGAUUCAACGACUUCGCGAUCGGAGCUCCAAACGAGGAGGCGAUGUAUCUGUAUCGCGCCUAUCCAGUCGUCAAGGUCAACGUCACUGUAAAACCGGAGUCAGGUGAGAUCGAACCGGAGCAGGAGAAGGUGAACAUCACAGUCUGCUAUAGACUGGACACCAAAUCCACGUCAAAGGCGCUGCUGGAACAAGAGCUGGACAUUCGGAUCGACAUCGACACGAAAUCGAAGAUUAAGCGGGCUAUGUUUGCCGAUAAUAAAGACACCCAGAUGCGUUUUAAGGCAAUGGCAUGUCAAGAAGAAAAGUGCAUGCAACUGGAAGUUGAAAUGGAAAAGAAAGCUAAAUUUGAACCAAUCGCUGUGGAGAUACAUUAUGAGCUGUUUAAGAAGAUUCCCGUUGUUGGAGAUUUCUGUGAGGACUGCGCGGUGGUGGAUCCUGCGGAACCGAAGUGUCUUACGGAGAACAUUAAUUUCAACUCGGGCUGUGCCACCAAAGUGUGUGUCGCUGAUUUGAAUUUAAGCAGCAUCAACGCGAGUCGCUCCUCGUUCGUCUUGGGCACCACCGAUGUCCUGCGUCUAACCUACAACAUCACCAAUAAUGGCGAGUUCGCCUACUUGCCUCUAUUCACCGUGACGAGUUCUGCCAACCUGAGUUUUGCCCAGGUGCCUGGAAACUGCAAGGUUAUUGACGCCGUCAUGCUCUGCGACCUUAACCAUGGACAACGUAUGGCCAAAGGUGACAACGACUCCUUGACCAUCAGCUUCGAUGUGAGACAACUCGGCAGUCAGUUGCUGGAAAUCCAAGCAGAAGUAUUCAGUGCUCGCGACGAGUCCAAUCCAGCGAACAACAAGCUAACCAACGUGAUAAGUCUGAGGGAAGAAGCCGACAUCUUUGUCAGCGGGGUGCAGAAGAACGAUCCCAUUGUUCUUAAAGGGUCUCCAUACGAGGCGGAGGUUGUCAACUACUACGAGGUCAAGAGUCACGGUCCCAGUACUUUACGAGACCUGACUGUGUCCCUCUAUAUUCCCGUGGCCUACCAGCAGUCUGGUUCCACAAAAGUUAUACGUAUCGUUACGUCCACCCUGAAGAUACAGUCCAAGUACUACGAUAAACUGCCUUUGAAACUCUACUAUCAAAAGGAUGCAGUGACCAGGAACAUCGCCAAAUACUAUGAGCAAAGUACUCUGUUCCCCUCCACGGCCCCACAAAAUGAGAGUGCUGAGUAUCUCAAUGGAAAUAUGGAUCAAAAUUCGAGCAUAUCGCUGUUGAACGAGAAUCUGCCGGUGAAUAACACCCUUGUGCUAGACUGCCAGGAUUACAACGUCACGAUAUGCGUCCAGGUGGAAUUGCGACUCGAAAGCGGGCUACAACUAAAGCCGGAAGAGCUAUCGAACCUGACUGUAAGCUUUAUCGUGGACCUCAAGGACGCAGAGGAUAUCUGGGAGUACUUCGUCAUUAAGACCUACUUAAAAGUGUGUAAGAUAGGCGAUCCCACUCUAAGUUCUUUUACCGUGCAAAAGAAGAUCCAAUCGAACGUUAUAAGCAAACAUCCUGAAGUUGCCAUUUGGAAAAUCAUUGUGUCCGUGAUCGUUGGCAUUUUGGUCCUUUCAGCCACAACAUAUGUCCUUUACAAGCGCGGAUUCUUUAAGCGAGCCAUCAAAAACGAACUAGCACAGUUAAUUCGAGAUAGUUUUGAGGACGCGAUUAUAAAGACAGAGGCAGAAGAGGAUGCUAAGUGUGCGCAGAGUUGGAUGGAAAUGCAAGAAAAUUAUGAAUGA